AUGAGCUCGGACGCAGGCGGCCCGCGCCGCAGCCACCGUAGCGCCGGCAAUGGACAGCAACGCCCUGGCAGCUUCCGUUUCAGCAGCGACCAAUCAACUACCCAGGCGUCUCCUCGUCCAUCACGCCAAGUGCGCCACAGCGUCAAGAAAACCGCAUCCAUCGAGGAAGGAGACUUUGUGUGGGUGAGUGACGAGAGCGGCGUUUGUUCGUCCGCCGUGGUGGUGCGUACAGGCUUCGUAUUCGACGAAGAUUCUGGCCAGGAGCAGCAUGUGACGGUCGUACACACGGAGGACGGCGAAGAGCGCGCUAUUCGCGACCGUCCAUUGGUCAAAUUGCCAGCCUGUCACCACCCCAAGCAAUUAUUGCCCUUGGAGCUACACGACCUCAGUAAUGUGCCAUUAAUGGCAACCAAUGGAGACACAGGACGAACAGAGACAUUCACGUCCCAACAGUUAGAGAACGUGGCGCUCUACAGUUUAAGAGCAAGAUAUCGCAUGGAACAGGUCUACACGUGGGUGGAUCGCGUGCUAGUCGGGGUGAACCCUGUGACUCCGUUGCCCAUAUACACUCCAGACCACAUGCAAGCCUACAAUAAGAGCAGGGAGCAGACGCCACUGUACGAGAAAGACACCGUCAAUGACGCACCGCCGCAUGUGUUUGCAUUGGCUCAAAAUGCUCUGAGAUGCAUGCAGGACGCAGGAGAAGACCAGGCCGUUAUUCUACUUGGUGGGAUGGGCGCUGGCAAGUCCGAGGCAGCCAAGCUCAUUGUCCAAUAUUUGUGCGAGAUCGGAGACAGCGUCACGCCUCGACAUGACGCAGAAGGAGACUCAGGCGUGCUGCACCCUAUUGGACAGCAGAUUUUACAUGCGUUUACCAUUUUAGAAGCGUUCGGCAACGCUGCUACCACACAGAACUCCAACUCGUCCAGAUUCGCCAAGAUGAUCUCAGUGGAGUUCAGUAAACAUGGCUACGUGAUCGGAGGCGGGUUUACGACGCAUUAUUUCGAGAAAUCUCGUGUGAUUGACUGUCGUAGUCACGAACGCAACUUCCACGUGUUUUAUCAAGUACUUGCAGGCGUGCAACACGACCCCACACUUCGUGAUUCUCUGGAGAUGAACAAGGGCGUGGAGGAGUUUGAUCUGUUGAAGCAGGCAGACCCGGAAAUUACCAACUUCGCGCUUGAUGCUCGUGACUACAGAGACCUUAUGUCCAGUUUUUCAGCCUUGAGGAUCAGGAAGAAUCAGCGUGUCGAGAUCGUGCGUAUUGUGGCUGCGCUGCUGCAUUUGGGCAAUGUGGAUUUUGUCCCAGACCCGGAAGGUGGCAAGUCUGUGAGUGGAGCUAAUUCCACGACUGUAAGUGAUGCUCAGUCGUGUGCAUUGAAGGAUCCAGCGCAGAUCUUGCUUGCAGCCAAGUUAUUGGAGGUGGAACCUGUGGUGCUGGACAAUUAUUUUCGUACUCGUCAGUUUUUCUCGAAAGAUGGCGGCAAGACAGUGUCCUCGCUGAAAGUGGUGACUAUACAUCAAGCACGUAAGGCGCGAGACACUUUUAUGCGAAGUCUGUACGAGUCUCUCUUUAAUUUCCUCGUGGAGACGCUCAACGGCAUUUUGGGCGGCAUCUUCGAUCGCUACGAGAAGUCAAACAUUGUGAUUAAUUCACAAGGCGUUCACGUACUGGAUAUGGUCGGCUUUGAGAACUUGGAGCCAUCGCAGAACAGUUUUGACCAGCUUUGUUUCAAUUAUUGGAGUGAGAAAGUGCACCACUUUUACGUCCAGAACACGCUGGCCAUCAAUUUCUCGGAUCUGGAAGACGAGUCGCAACAAGUGGAGAACCGACUGACGGUGCACUCCAAUGUGGACAUAACGAGUGAGCAGGAGAAAUGUUUGCAGCUGUUUGAGGAUAAACCGUUCGGUAUCUUCGAUCUGUUGACGGAGAACGCCAAGGUGCGCGCUCCUAAUGACGAGGAUUUCGUUAACAAGUUGUUUUCUGGUAACGAAGCUGUGGGCGGACUGUCUCGACCGAACAUGGGCGCUGAUACGACGAACGAGUACUUGGCUCCGUCCAAGGAUUGGCGGUUAAUGUUUAUUGUUCAGCACCACUGCGGUAAGGUUACGUACAAUGGCAAUGGACUUUCAGCGAAGAACGCGCUGAGUAUCUCGUCGACGUGUGCAGCCAUCAUGCAGUCGUCCAAGAAUGCUGUUCUGCAUGCUGUGGGCGCCGCGCAAAUGGCUGCAGCGUCCAGUGAAAAGGCAGCGAAGCAAACUACUCGUCGAACCAGUACUUCGUCCAAGUUCCGGAGCUCUAUCAGCUCGGCAAGGGAGUCUAAAGCAGCCAGUGAUAGUGCAGCGACUGACGUGUACAACCAGGCUGACGCUCUACUGCAUGCGUUGAACCACACUGGCAAGAACUUUCUCGUGUGUAUUAAACCCAAUGAAGACCUGGAGGAAGGCGUGUUCGACUCGGCCUACGUGAUGAAGCAAAUCCGAGAGAACCAUCUGGUAGAGUUGAUGCAAGCGAGUCGCUCGAUCUUCACUGUCCACUUGACAUACGGCCACUUUUUCCGACGCUACAAGAAUGUCUGCGGCCAUCGAGGAACGCUCGAGUCGCUUCUGCGCUCGCUGUCUGCUAUUGGUGUGUUGGAAGAAGAGAAGUUCGUGGUGGGGAAGACCAAGGUCUAUCUGACCAGUCACCAAUGGAAAAAGCUGGAGAAGGCGCGGUUUUUGUACCUGAACGCCUGUGCGACAAUGAUCCAGCGCAAUAUGCUUCGUGGUGGCUUCCGUAAGAAAUCUGCGCGGUUGUUGUAUGUUAUGCGCGGUCUACGUGAAGCGAUGGCGCAGAGAGACCAGAACGAUAUUAUACAGCACCUGACCAACUGUAAGCAGAUCUUGGGGAAGCGCGCGUCAGAGGACAUUCGUGUGUUGAACGAGGGGAGGCAGUUGAUCGCUCGACUGGACGAGGAAGAGUACGUCAACUCGAUCAUUGCAGAUGCCACACGUAUCGGCCACCCGGCCCUGAUUGAAUAUGCUGUACGUGUCGCUGAGAAGAGCUCCCCAUGGCUUGCAGUGGACCAUUUGCGGAGGAAAAGCAAGAGCAUUGUGGCUAUGCAAAAGCAGAAGACGGAGAAGCUCGCUGCUGUCAACAAGAAGCUCCGUGCGUCUAUGAUUGCUAAUGACCCGGAGGCACUUAUGGGCUCAUUGGCGACACUGGAAGAGCCUUCGGUGGAGUCGUUGGAGAGGAAACUGGCGACUAUGAUGAUCAUUCGAGCUCUCGAGGAGAAAAGCGCCGUGGAGUCUGUCACACAUGCGCUUUCGACCAUUGGAGGAGACGAUAAUGAUGCUUCGAUUUUGAAAAAGUUACUGGCUCCUGCGACGAAAGCUAUCAGCUUGGGUGUUGAAGUGAAAUUACCGACUGUUGUGGACACACUGGGCACGAUUCCUACUGAUUUAGAAGCUGUUACCGACGAGGAAGAGGAGGAAAUUGAAGAAGAAGUGGAAGUCGAGGUGGAAGAGGAGAUAGAAGAGGAAGAAGAGGUCGUUUCAAGCUCUCCAGCUGUGUCUGCUGACACGACUAACUUAGUAGCUGCUCUUCAGAAGGCUCUAGACGACGAGAACUUUGUCGCUGCGGAACGAGUAUUAGCUCGUCUAAGAGCUGUUGGUGUUUCCGAGGGAGACUUUCGAACAGCUGAUGCAGAGCGUGCUUUGGAGGCUCAGACUGUUCCUGCUAGCUCGCAUUCGGAACGGAAGCAAAUGGUAAAGUUCUUGGCCGUCGCGAAGAUGUCACAAGAUAUCGAAUUGUUGUCUGAAGCCAUUGAAGCUGCUGUCAGCGUGGGCUUGGCGAAGUGGGAUUUCAAUCUUAAAAACGCCGAAAGAGAGCGAGAAAAGCUGCUGGCAGCUGCUGAAUCAGGCGAAACUCCUCCCCCAGCUCCAGUUUCUGUAGUAAAACCAGCUUCUCCCAAGACGAGGAUUGUCGUGAAAAAGAUCAAGACGAUAAAGAAGGUGAAGAAAGAGAAGAAGAUGUCAGAACCGGCACAUAUCGGUCUCUUCUUGCAGGUCUGGGAAGCUCGUCGUGUCAGCGAUCUCGACCAGCUGCGCUCUGUCCUUCCAGCUCAAUUACAAGGUGCGUACGACGCCAAAAUGGCGCGAUUGCAGCAAGUGGCGAGUGUGGAGGAAGCUCUAAGUGAAGCGCUUGAUACAGACGACCCCAAGGUCGUGGAACAUGAGCUUGGCGAGUCUAUCAGUAUCGGCUUUUGCUCUCCUUUGUUCGCUGCGCUAUUCGACCGCUACUCGACGCUGCGCAGUGGAGCGAAUGGCGAAGAUGCAGCCGAUGAUUAUGGUAUAGUGGACGGACUCCGUGCUGCUAUUCAGCUGUUGACUCGUCGAGUGGAAGUCAACGCUGAGAUUCGAAACGACGCGGUCCAGCUCUUGUCGACGGAAAUUGAGGAGUUCUCCAACCCGACAAGUGGCGAGAAUGAAGUCAACUACGACGAUGCAGAACGCGAACAGAUUCUGCUUACAGCAGGCAACUUACGUCGCAGUUUAGAAGCUCGUAUCGCUGCUGCUGCUCGUCUGGAAGCAACGCUGGCGCUUCCUACUGAUGCGUCCUCUGUUGGGGCGUUGGAACUGAGUAUCCAAGCGGCAAGAGAAGCUGGCGUUCACGAACGAUUGCUGAUGAAGGCUGAAGAUAAAAUUUUGUCAGCUCGAAGGAGAUCUGUCGUUAUGGGUGAUCGACUGCGAUCAAGUGGCCCGGGAUCGCUCACCCGCAAUGACAGCGAGACGAGUAGUCGACCCAGUAUGUUAGAUGAAGGCGAACGUCCACGUUGCGACACGACCGAGUGGCCGGGAGUUUCUAACGAGGACGAAGAAAAUUCAAGCGACAAAAAGUCCAAGCAGACUGCGGAGAAAGAUGCAGUAGCGUUCAACCAUUUCGAGAACUUGAGGGGAUUUAACUCCCAAUCCGAGCGCGCUCUGGCGAAGAAAUUGUGCUGGGAGAGCCGUGCGAUCUCACAGAGUCUCUCAGUGCUGGACGGCAAUCUGGACGAAGUCUCGUCUCUCGCUACGUCUGCGUCGGCAGGACAAAUGGCGCUGUCGAUCAACCGCAGCAUCCUGGGAUACAUGAGAGACCGCAUUGUGUUCUACCGCGAGAUGUUGGCGCAGUACAUUCUCCAGAUCGGACUGAUGAAGCCAUCUGUCGUGGACGAAAUCUACCUGCAGCUUAUGAAGCAGUUGACGAAGAAUCCGAAGCGAGACAGCAGUAUUCGUGGCUGGUCGUUGUUUGCCAUGUGUGCGACGUCCUUCCCGCCGUCACUAGCGCUACAGAAGUACGUGAUUAUGUUCCUGAAGGCUCAAGUGGCUGACUCCAACAGCUUCUGGAGACUCGUACGCAACUUUGCGGCGUAUUCGCUCAAGAAACUGGAAAAUUUGCUCGAGAAUGGCGCAACUGGGUUUAUUCCAAGCAUCGACGAGAUCCGAGGCUACGAAGCUCGACCGCCUUUCCUCGCUACGAUCCAGUUGCUGGACGGCACGCCGCUAGCCGACGCCUUCCCGGUCACACCGGAGCUCACAGUAGCCCAACUGGUUGAGAUUUGCUCCCAUUUCCUCGGUCUUGAAGAUCAUGUUGUCAACUUCUUAGGCCUCACGACAAUAUCCGAGCGUGUUGUGCUCGGGAAGAGCGGCCAGUCGACUACAACGACCUCGUUCGUGUCAGCAAGCAACGAAGACCCCGUGGCUGAUGGCAAUGAAGUGAGCUCGAAAGAUAUCCCGCCACCUCCAACCCUUACAGUCAGUACAUCGACGUCCUCGACGACCUCUGCUCUGUCUCCAUCCAGUUAUUUCCACAAAUUCAUCGCCGCGCCGUCAUUCUUGAGCUCGGAUGUGUUUCUGGGCGAUAUCUUUGAGAAAGAAUUGAUCCGUGGACGUGACGUGCGGUUCGUGCUCAAGAUCCGACUAAACCCAGUGUACAUGUUGCAGUACACGGACGAGAUGUACGACCGUCUGGUGUACAUCCAAGUACAAGAUGAGAUCGUGAAAGGAAACCUGCCUGUACUGGAAGAGGAAGCUCUACUUCGUCUUACCGCACUCGCUAUUGCAGUGGACUGUGAAGAUGUGCCGCCUGUGACUGUAGAGGAAAUCAUGGAGAUGGGGGUGCUGGACUAUCUUCCCCAAGAGUGGAGACCAGCACAUGAUGAAGAGGAAUGGAGUGAGCUGGUGCUGGAUACUAUCACGGACAACCUUCUAGACGAGCAGGACGCCUUGUUCCCUGUCAGUGAGCUGCAGCGUAUUUACAUUGAAGAGGUAACACGUCACCGACUGUACGGCGCCUGCUUCUUCCCGUCCAAGUUGGUGAACCGCGGCUCCAAGGGCUCUGGCAACGGACUCAACUAUUGUCUGGGUAUUGAGCUGCCAAACUACUUCGUCAUUGCUGUGAACGGCUACGGCAUGCACAUCCUUGGACGCGACGGCUCCAUGCUCGCUUUCUGCGAUUAUGCAGACAUUGCGUAUUGUGGUGGCGCGUACCCCCAGUAUAAGAUUUGUCUGAAGAAGGCAUCCGACUUGGCCGCUCCUGUGGAAGACAUCAUCGUCACCACGAAAUACUCGGAAGAACUGGACGCUCUUAUCGCAGACUACAAGGAGAUUACGGCGCUCAUGAACGAGGCGUAG